GCCGGCUCCUCAGCGCCGCAUCAUGUGGGCCGGCCCCUUCCAUGGAGCCGGGGCUGCUGCCGAGCGCCUCCUGGGCGGACGCCGCCAUGAGGCUCUGAGGGGCGGCUGCGUGCGGAGGACCCAGCCGGUCGCGCGGCGGAGCACCCCGAGCCUGACAGUGGCCUCUCCCCCAGGCAGGGGAGCCCAGCGCUGCAGCCACUGCUACUGCCGCCGCCGCGGGUCCGGCCGGGCGGGCGGGAGGCCCGGGGCCAUGUAAAGCGGCAGCGGCCGCGGGGAGCCGAGCCGAGCUCGGGGAGAAGAGCUGCUACCGCCGGCCGGGGAGGCCCCGCGGGGGGGAUCAUGGCGACGUCUAAUCUCUUAAAGAAUAAAGGUUCACUUCAGUUUGAAGACAAAUGGGAUUUCAUGCGCCCUAUUGUGCUGAAACUUCUUCGUCAGGAGUCUGUCACAAAGCAGCAAUGGUUUGAUCUGUUUUCAGAUGUGCAUGCAGUUUGCUUGUGGGAUGAUAAAGGUCCAGCAAAAAUCCACCAGGCUCUGAAGGAAGACAUCCUUGAUUUUAUUAAACAAGCACAAGCAAGAGUGCUGAGUCAUCAAGAUGAUACAGCUUUACUAAAAGCAUAUAUAGUGGAGUGGCGCAAGUUCUUCACACAGUGUGAUAUUUUGCCCAAACCAUUUUGUCAGUUAGAGAUUACCUUAAUGGGCAAGCAGGGCAGCAACAAGAAGUCUAACGUAGAAGACAGUAUUGUUCGAAAGCUCAUGCUAGAUACGUGGAAUGAAUCCAUAUUUUCAAAUAUUAAAAAUAGACUUCAGGACAGUGCAAUGAAGCUAGUUCAUGCUGAAAGACUAGGAGAAGCUUUCGACUCUCAGCUUGUUAUUGGAGUUCGAGAAUCAUAUGUGAACCUUUGUUCUAAUCCUGAAGAUAAACUUCAGAUAUAUCGGGAUAACUUUGAAAAGGCCUACUUGGAUUCAACAGAGAGGUUUUAUAGAACACAGGCUCCUUCUUAUUUACAGCAAAAUGGUGUACAGAAUUAUAUGAAAUAUGCAGAUGCUAAACUAAAAGAAGAGGAGAAAAGAGCACUACGGUAUUUAGAAACAAGACGUGAAUGUAACUCAGUGGAAGCACUGAUGGAGUGCUGUGUCAAUGCCCUGGUGACAUCUUUUAAAGAGACUAUUUUAGCUGAAUGCCAAGGCAUGAUCAAACGAAAUGAAACAGAAAAGUUGCAUUUAAUGUUCUCACUGAUGGAUAAAGUUCCGAAUGGCAUAGAGCCUAUGCUAAAGGACUUGGAAGAGCAUAUUGUUAGUGCUGGACUUGCAGAUAUGGUAGCAGCUGCUGAAACUAUUACUACUGAUUCUGAAAAAUAUGUAGAGCAAUUGCUGACGCUAUUUAAUCGAUUUAGUAAGUUGGUUAAAGAAGCUUUUCAAGAUGAUCCAAGAUUUCUUACUGCAAGAGAUAAGGCGUACAAAGCAGUUGUGAAUGACGCUACGAUAUUUAAACUUGAAUUGCCAUUGAAGCAAAAGGGCGUUGGACUGAAAACACAGCCAGAGUCCAAAUGCCCGGAGCUUCUUGCUAAUUACUGUGACAUGUUGCUAAGAAAAACACCACUAAGCAAAAAACUAACCUCUGAAGAAAUUGAAGCAAAGCUUAAAGAAGUGCUUUUGGUACUUAAAUAUGUACAGAAUAAAGACGUUUUCAUGCGGUAUCACAAAGCUCACUUAACAAGACGCCUGAUACUAGAUAUAUCAGCUGAUAGUGAAAUUGAGGAAAAUAUGGUGGAAUGGCUCAGAGAAGUGGGAAUGCCAGCAGACUAUGUGAACAAGCUGGCUAGAAUGUUCCAAGAUAUCAAAGUGUCUGAAGACUUGAACCAGGCCUUCAAAGAAAUGCACAAGAAUAAUAAACUUGCUUUACCAGCUGACUCUGUGAAUAUUAAAAUAUUAAAUGCUGGUGCCUGGUCCCGAAGUUCUGAGAAGGUGUUUGUCUCCCUGCCCACUGAAUUAGAAGAUCUCAUCCCAGAAGUUGAAGAAUUCUAUAAAAAGAAUCACAGUGGUAGAAAACUGCACUGGCACCACCUCAUGUCCAAUGGAAUUAUAACAUUUAAGAAUGAGGUUGGCCAGUACGACUUGGAGGUAACAACAUUUCAGCUAGCUGUGCUUUUUGCAUGGAACCAAAGACCCAGAGAGAAGAUCAGCUUUGAAAAUCUUAAACUGGCAACUGAACUCCCUGAUGCAGAACUUAGGAGGACUUUAUGGUCUCUUGUAGCAUUUCCAAAGCUGAAACGUCAGGUUUUAUUGUAUGAACCUCAAGUCAAUUCACCCAAAGACUUUACAGAAGGAACCCUCUUCUCCGUGAACCAGGAGUUCAGUUUAAUAAAAAAUGCUAAAGUUCAGAAAAGGGGCAAGAUUAAUUUGAUUGGUCGAUUGCAACUUACUACAGAGAGAAUGCGGGAAGAAGAAAAUGAAGGAAUAGUCCAGCUAAGAAUAUUACGAACACAGGAGGCUAUCAUCCAAAUAAUGAAAAUGCGGAAGAAAAUUACUAAUGCCCAGCUGCAGACUGAACUGGUAGAAAUAUUAAAAAACAUGUUCUUGCCACAAAAGAAAAUGAUAAAAGAGCAAAUUGAGUGGCUUAUAGAGCACAAAUAUAUCAGAAGAGAUGAGUCGGAUAUCAACACCUUCAUAUACAUGGCAUAAUUGGCGGACUCUGCAGGAUGCUGAGAACGUGAAUGGAGGGGUGCUUGGACAGACAGCUGCAACAGUUUGUGCUGCAGGAGGACUUGUUUUGACUUUUCGUUACGUAUUAAAAAUCCCUGCCUUACCUUACAGAGGUCUAUAUUUUGCCAAUCUCAUUCAGCUAGCAUGAUGGCAUUCCCUUCAUGUUGCACACUUUUAACAGCAUGCUGUUUUGUGGGAAACUUGCAUUCAUGAAGAGCCCAUUGUGAACUUUUUAAAGUAGAUUUGAUUUAUACCCACCAGGAAGAACACAGGUUUGGGUUUUUAGAUGACCAGUACUUGCACAAGGAAAAAAAAAAAAAUACUCAAAUAUUCAUGCACUGAGGAACUGCUAUUAGUUUUGUUUGGGGUUGGUUUGUUUGGGAUGUUGUUUUGGGGGUUUUUUGGUUUGGGUUGGGGUUUUUUUUUGUGUUUGGGGUUCUUCUGUUGGUUUGGUUUUUUGGUUGGGUUGGGAUUAUUUUGGUUUCUUGUUUGUUUUUGUUCCUUUUUUUUUUUUUAAUGCAAUUAGGACUAGAAGUAGCACUUUCACUUUUGUGUUUUGGAUCAACAGAGUAAUGUACUGUCCUUUGAUCCUUUUUGUGUAAUAACCAUUGAGAGACACAAACACACGCAUCACAACUGAUAAGUAUUUGUUACUGUUGAAACCUGUUGGCUAGAGCAGUGCUUCAGUCUAGUAACUGGAUUUUAGUUAUGGACACGUAAGUAACAUACAAAUAAUUCCAAGUCAUGGGUGAUAUUUUUCCUUAAGCAAGGGAUCAUUGUUUUUAAAUUGUUUGCUGUAAACAAGUGGAUCUACAUUCAUUGUUACCUUAUUUGAAUGGAUGAUUUGCUACAAUCCUUUUUGAGAGGGUAGAGCUAUCUUUAAUUACACUUCACUCUAAAACCAGUUUUCAUGGGUGGGUCUGUUAUACUAAACAGAAAUAUUAAGUGUAUUUUCAUGUACAUUUAAUAUUUGUAUUCCAGAUAUUUAAGUCUGACUACGUACAUCUGAAUGCAUUAAAGAGUAUGUAAUGUACAGCUGCCCCCGAAGGAAAAUAACACUUGAAGAUCCUUGUACUAAUUUCUCACUGGUAACUUUAUAUAUGCAUACAAGGUUAAUGCAAUUGAACUGGUUUGUUUAGAAUUCAGCAUCUUUGUAUGAAAAACAAGCCCUCUGUUUUUUAUUUUGAAACUGGCAGGGUAAUACAGUUUUAACAGAAAUGGUAAAAAGCUAAGGAAAAAUACCUUGUUUAGUAAAUGCAGAGAGAGUGCCAAAUACACAUCAGGAAUUUUAGCUUUUUAAUUAUACCUCUUCUAUUUUCAAUCAUCUGAAGUAGUUGUUUGGCACUGCCUGCCUCUCUGCUACUCUGAAAUGUCCCAGAAUGUACUGGACUGAUAAUGUGAAUCACAAGCAGAGUGCCUGUCUUGGGACAAAAGGUAAGUUGAGCUUUAUGCAGUUCUGUGUGGAUAUUACUCUAUAAAUCACAGGUGUGCACAGUUUUUUAAUUAACCAGUUCAAGUUCAGCAUCUAAGAGUCUCAUCAUCUGUGAUGAUUGAAAGAUGGAAGAGGAGGCUUUAGUGAAAAAGGAAAACCUUCAAGUAAGUAAGAAGAGUUUUGCUUUCACAUGGUUGCAGUAGAGUGUACAGUAGGAGUGGUUUACAAGCAAACUCUUACGAGAAUGGCUGUUUGCACCCUUCAGCAGGCUGCAUGCUCUACACUCAUGUAAAUGCCAAUGUGACUGCCUGAGGACAGUGUGUACAUGGGCAUCUGUUUAAGAGAAUUUUGGUAGUGAGGGUUUUGUACCAAGAGAUGGAGAGAAAUCAAGACCUGGCCAAUUGCCAUUGAUUGAAGUCUCACAGCUUAUGUUACGUGCUUUUAUUGAUACUCAAAAGUAGAUGCUGUUUAAAAAAUAUUGCAUCUUUUCUGUUGGCCCUGUGAUGUUGCAAUUCAGAAUCAAAAGCAAGUGGUGCUCUGUGUAGGUAACUGGUAAAACUAUUUCAACAUCAGAAAACAAAAAUCUAAUAAAAAACUUUGUGCUGCAAGACUUUCAGUCUUUGUAACUUAAAAGUAAUAAAUGCUCGCUUGGGAUAACUGGGGGGAAAAUGGCAGUCUGAGCACACCUUUAAACAUAAAAACUUUGAGCCCAUACCAGAGAAGAGCAGGUAUGAAACUGUCACACAGAAACAGCUGCAAAGGGGGUAAUGCAGGUUUUGAAGCCAUUUGUUUAGACUUCAGAGAGGAGUGUAAGAGACUGCAUCUCAGUUACAGCUGUCAGCAAGCAGGAGUGUAUGCAGAAAGCAACAGGUUGCUAAAAGCUAAGGAGCUACAUGUUCCCUCAACCAGUAAACAUCAAAUAAUACAAUCUAAAUGUUAUCUAUGUAUUUCUGAACACUUGGGAUGCAGAAAUAGAAUGGGUAAUGUGCCUAUGACAUGGUCAUUUUUCUUUAAAUAUAUACUGGAAAUGGAUGUUGGGUUUUUUAUUAAAUCUGAGACUCACACCAGCAAAUUUGUUACAGAUGCAGAAUCAAUUUAGCAUCCUUCAUCAGGUUACUUUCACCAAUAUGCACUUAAAACUAGGAUCACCUGGGGCACAGGGAGAUACCUGGGGUAAACUGUUAUUUUGGGGAGGGUAGAGUUCAGAUCUGAAUGGAAAUGAACUAUUCUUCACUUGCAAUAUGGCAACAACGCACUUUUAAGGCUGCAGUUUUUAGCUAUGAAUAUGUAUGUCCAAAGACCUAGCUUAAAAGAGGUGCUGCAUCUGAAAAACACGUUGCCACACACACUGCCACGGUGAACAGCUAUGGAAUGAAACCUGGUGCAGAAUGGGGGGCGGGGGGCAGUCACUCUUAGUGGGUUUGAUUAAGAAAUGCUGUUAAAUCUUUCUCUGUCCCAACAACUUGACGACGAUCUCGGUUUCAAUUCUGAAGUCUUCCAUUUUCCUCUUUCCACAGUUGGUGUCCCUAGCUUCUAUUUUCAGUCAUCUCUCUUUCAUUUAUGACUGUAAUGCAAAGACAUUUCCAAACAAAA